CCCAUUGGCUCUCGUGGGCCGAAGGGGCGGGGCCUCGCACGCCGCGCUUCCUCCCACCGCUGCUUCCGCGUCGCUUCCCGGUCAGCUGGGUCCUUAGCGGGAGUCCGAGUGCGGGCGGUGGCGGGCUUGGCGGCGGGGCAGGAUUCCGGGCAGGAGCCUUGCCUCUCAGGUGGCGGGCUCUGCGACCCUGCGAGAUGGACGGGACGGAAGGCAGUGCCGGGCAGCCCGGCCCCGCUGAGCGGUCCCACCGAAGCAGCGUGUCCUCCGUGGGAGCCCGAGCGGCUGACGUGCUGGUAUACCUGGCGGAUGACACGGUGGUGCCCCUGGCUGUGGAGAACCUGCCCUCACUCAGUGCCCAUGAGCUGCACCGCGCCGUCCGCGAGGUCCUGCAGCUUCCGGACAUCGCCCUGGAUGUCUUUGCGCUCUGGCUGGUCUCCCCUCUGCUGGAGGUGCAGCUGAAACCCAAGCACCAGCCCUACAAGCUGGGACGCCAGUGGCCGGAGCUGCUGCUGCGCUUCACCAGUGCCCCGGACGACGACGUGGCCAUGGAUGAGCCUUUCCUGCAGUUCCGAAGGAACGUGUUCUUCCCAAAGCGGCGGGAGCUCCAGAUCCGCGAUGAGGAGGUCUUGCGGCUGCUCUAUGAGGAGGCCAAGGGCAACGUGCUGGCUGCACGGUACCCGUGCGACGUGGAGGACUGCGAGGCUCUGGGCGCCCUGGUGUGCCGCGUGCAGCUCGGGCCCUACCAGCCCGGCCGGCCGGCAGCCUGCGACCUGAGGGAGAAGCUGGACUCCUUCCUCCCUGCCCACCUCUGUAAGCGGGGCCAGGGUCUCUUUGCUGCCCUCCGGGGCCGUGGGGCCAGGGCCGGGCUGGGCGAGCAGGGCCUGCUGAACGCCUACCGCCAGGUGCAGGAGGUCAGCAGCGACAGCGGGUGCGAGGCCGCCCUGGGCACCCACUACCAUGCCUACCUCCUCAAGUGCCACGAGCUGCCCUUCUAUGGGUGUGCCUUCUUCCACGGUGAGGUUGACAAGCCGGCCCAAGGCUUUUUGCACCGGGGUGGGCGCAAGCCAGUUUCUGUGGCCAUCAGUCUGGAAGGCGUGCACGUCAUCGACAGCAGAGAGAAGCACGUCCUGCUGGGCCUGCGCUUCCAGGAGCUGUCGUGGGACCACACCUCCCCCGAGGAGGAGGAGCCCAUCCUGUGGCUGGAGUUCGACGGGGACAGCGAGGGCACACCUGUCAACAAGCUCCUCAAGAUCUACUCCAAGCAGGCUGAACUGAUGAGCAGCCUCAUUGAGUACUGCAUCGAACUGAGCCAGGCGGUGGAGCCUGCAGGCCCCCAGGACAGUGCGACUGGCUCGCCCUCAGACCCCAGCUCCUCGCCGGCUCCUGCUCAGCGCCCCAAGCUGCGGAGGCAGGGCAGUGUGGUGUCCAGCCGGAUCCAGCAUCUCUCCACUAUUGACUACGUGGAGGACGGCAAGGGGAUCAGGCGAGUGAAGCCGAAGCGCACCACGUCCUUCUUCAGCCGGCAGCUGUCCUUGGGCCAGGGGAGCUACACCGUGGUGCAGCCUGGCGACAGCCUGGAGCAGGGCUGAGGACGCUGCACCCGGCAGGAGAAGGGCAACUGGGGGCCCUGGCUCGGCACUGUCCUCCUGAGGGGCAGGGGCCGGCUGAAACAGUCUCAUGGGUCACCACAUGGGGAGGGCUGCAUCAGCAGAUUUCUCAGACCACGGAGAAGUGACUCCUGGGCCCGGGGCCAUGCCCGGGCUGUGCAAAGCUGACCAGGGCCUCCCGCAGGGCCCCUCUGCAGCCUGCCCUCCCUUCCCCCACUUCCCCUGGACGCUGGGCCCUGUUGCUAUCUCAGGACCAUCGGAUCAAGCUGCAGCUGCCCCCCUCACUUGGAAACAUGCCUUUGUGCCCACCUCAAGGUGGGCAGUGUCCCCUGUUCUGAAGUGCCCAGUGGCAGCUCCAGUGGCAGAGGACCAAGGAUUGAGUUUUGGGACCUGAAGGUCCAAUGUGUGCCUUUGGCCUCUUCCCUGGACGUGGGUGACCAGUCCCCGCCUUCCUCCUGCUAGUGCUCCACUCCCUGGACUUGGAUGACCAGUUUCCCGCCUUCCUCCUGCUGGUGCUCCACCCCCCAAUGCCAGGCUGGGCCACCACUCUGAGGAGGAUGGGAGGGACCUCCCUGGAUUGAACCGGGGCAGAAACACGGUGAGGGCCCCCACCACACCUCCCUGGUUGAAUCAGGAAUGGAGGGAGCCAGGCAGGGUCCUACCUGGGGUCCUGUGCCCCUCGGUCUGGUCUCCUUUGCAGGCACAAGACACCAGAAAGAGCAUGCCUUUCUGGUAGCCUUUGGUGAUGUCACUGCUGGGAGGUGGCUGUCCUGUGGACCACCUGACCUCCAGACCCACACUCACAGUCUGUGAAAAACUGAAAAUCCCCUGGUGGGCACUCCCUGGAGCCCAAGCAGCUCCCCUAGGGGACUGACUGGGCCUGCCCUCUCCUCCCCGUGUCUGGGUCUUCAGGUUUUAGUUUGGUCUUUGUUCAUCUGAGUUGUGCCAGGGCAACGCCAGGAAGUGCCCUGGGUAACCUCUGCUGCGCGCUCCUUCCCAGGCGGCACCAUGGAUUCCUCUGGGGGCUGGUGCAUGCCUGGAAAAGCCUGGACCACACGGGACAGUCUCUUCUUUCUCGAGGACACUUGGAAAGGUGACUGAUGUGGGUGCUUGGCUUCUCUGGUCCCAGCUUGCCCUCCGGGGAGCAGGGGCUCUGUCUUGUCCCAGAUGAGCUGAGCCCCUGAGAGGAGGGCUUUCCCAGCCCUGGGACCCUCCGAGGUGGGUGUGCGGGUCUCACAGGUGCCUCCUGGGACUUCCUGUGGCAGCACAGGGCUUGGCUUUGUCUUCUGUUCCUGGUGGAAAACCGUGGGAGAGGAAGCUGGGGCCUCUACUCCAAGUAUCAGAGCCCAUUCACUCUCCUCCCUUUGGUAGCUUGUGGAUGUGCCAGGCGCUUUGAGGUGGGCUUGCCUUCUGGCAGCAUGGACUUUAUUUGUUAAUAGGCAGAAAGAAGAGGCCUGGAAGGGCCUCCAGUCUUUUGGAAUGUCCUGGCCACAGGGUCAUGCCAGCUGCCAGUUCUCGUCUCCCGUCCUGGAGUUGCUGGGUCUCACCGAGCUGCCCGCCCGCCUGUUCUGGUGGCAUCAGCGCAGGUUGUCCCUGCUGCUUUGAUUCCAGGGGAUUUUAUGUUUUUUUAUUUUUUUAUUUUUUUUUUGAGACGGAGUCUUGCUCUGUCGCCCAGGCAGGAGUGCAGUGGCGCGUUUUGGCUCACUGCAACCUCUGCCUCAAGUGAUUCUCCUGCCUCAGCCUCCUGAGUAGCUGGGAUUACAGGUGCGUGCCACCACGCCCUGCUGAUUUUUGUAUUUUUAGUAGAGACGGUUUCACCAUGUUGGUCAGGCUGGUCUUGAACUCCUGACCUCAUGAUCCACCCGCCUUAACCUCCCAAAGUGUUGAGAUUAUAGGCGUGAGCCACCGCCCCCAGCUGAUUCCAGGUGAAUUCUUCUCUGAUGGGCGGGCGAGGGUUGUGUCCGUGUGAUGGGUUGGAGUGUGUGUGUCUGAGUACACAGAUGACGUGUUUUCCCUUCAGCUUCUUAGGUUUUCUGAGCAUCCAUUGUGCCUUAACAUUUUCUGCUUGUCCUUUGGGACAAAGCAGUAUUUUACUCAUUCUUUGAAUGUUCUCAUUCUUUUGUAUCAUGUGACUUAUUAAUAAAAUCAGUUUCUAACAAA